CCACAAAAAUCUAUUUACAGUAGGUUGUGAGCGGAUAAAGUGUAUCCGUUUAGAUUAAAACUGGCUUUCACUGUAACGAAAAGCUUUAUCUGGCUGGAUUUCUUUAAUAAUAAACUACAGUUUUUGGCUAUAUUGCAUUAGUUAUUCGUCGCCGAAACGUUCCAUUCGUCUUUUUCAUCUGCUGAAGCUGAAGACCGAAAAAGAUGUCUUCUGAUGAAGACAGAGCGAAGGAGAUUCUGAAGGGGUUUAAACUAAACUGGAUGAAUCUUAGAGAUGCAGAGACAGGGAAGGUUCUCUGGCAAGGAACUGAAGAUCUCUCCCUUCCUGGGGUAGAACAUGAAGCUCGGGUUCCUAAGAAGAUUCUGAAAUGUAAAGCGGUUUCCAGAGAGCUGAAUUUCUCUUCAGCGGAAAAACUGGAAAAAUUCAGACUGGAGCAAAAAGUUUUCUUUAAAGGACAGUGCCUAGAAGAGUGGUUCUUUGAGUUUGGGUUUGUAAUUCCUAAUUCUACAAAUACGUGGCAGUCUUUGAUAGAAGCUGCACCAGAGUCACAGAUGAUGCCUGCAAAUGUUUUAACUGGUAAUGUUGUUAUAGAGACCAAGUUUUACGAUGACGACCUUCAUGUCAGCACAUCCAGGGUACGACUCUUUUAUGUCUGAGGAAAUGAGGUCUUAAUUUUUUUACUUUCACUCUGGAGGAUGCGCCCAACACUACGAGUUUUAAUAGCCAGAGGAAACGCUCUACAUGCUGAGUAUUUAUGAGGGACAGCGACAAAGGCAUUGAAAGGAAUAUUUCAAUUAAAUCCCCUUUUUAAGUCGAACGAUCACACCAGUUUUAUGGCAGAUAAAGACUUGUACAUAAGAGCUGUGAUGCUCAAGACAACCUGGUUGUGUAAAUUUCUGUUUGUAUAUUUUCUCCUCCUUCUGUAAUUGAAUCAUGCAAUGUACACUGCUUCCUUUUUGGCUGUUUUUGAAAGGUUAAGCCUUUGUGGUUAUUCAUGGUUUUGUUUCGUUUUUUUAGCCAGCAUUGUAAAAUAGGCUGUGUUUUUAAAUACAUUGUGUAGUUAUGGAUUAAAAUAUUGAUAUUACUAAA